CGGACUGUAACAAGCUCUCUCUCUCUCUGUGUUGUGUGUGUCUUCUGGCUUAGGCUUAAAGUAGUAGGGUUUCUCUGACGUUCUCGUAUCCAUCUCUUUCUACGCGGCGUACGUUAGUCACCGCCGUACCUGUCUCACCCCUUCACAGGUUUUGAUCGAUUCUCUAUAGGGUUAAUUGAUUUUUUUUUGAUCGUUUACUUUGAGAUCGAUCUCUCGGGGAGUGUUCGUACUACACAUCGAUUUGUGGUCGAGCAGAGAGAGAGAGAGAGAGAAAGGAAGAAAAAAAAAACUAGGUUUAUAGUUUUGAUGCGUUGUCGGGGUUUUGAAUCUGCCAGAUCGAUUAGGGUUCGGUUGUUCGGACUCUGUGAUGGCCAAUCCCGGUGGCGUCGGGACAAAGUUUGUGUCUGUGAAUCUGAACAAGUCUUAUGGACCGAAUUCCCAUAAUCACCCAUCUUAUGGACAGGUGUCGGCCGGGCGAGGCCGACUGGGUAGUCAUGGCGGCAGCGGGGGUGGAGGAGGAGGAGGAGGAGGAGGUGGUGGUGGUGGAGGAAUGGUGGUUCUAUCGCGCCCUCGAAGUUCGCAGAAGGUUGGGCCGAAGCUAUCUGUUCCACCCCCCUUGAAUUUGCCUUCUUUAAGGAAAGAGCAUGAGAGAUUUGAUAUGUCUGGAUCAGGUGGUGGGUCAGCCGGGGGUGGCGGUUCAGGGACUGGGUCGAGGCCAUCUUCGUCUGGUCUGGGUUGGACGAAGCCUGGGACUGUUGCUUUGCAAGAGAAAGAUGGGAAUGUUACUGGGUUUGGGAGGUCAGGUGGUGAAGCCCUGGUAGUUGAUGGCAUUGAUCAUAACAUUCAUGAUGUUGAUGCUGUGGCUAAAGGCAGUACUGCCUAUAUGCCACCUUCGGCUCGGCUUGGUGAAGUUGGACUCCCAGUUUCUGUAUCAGCUCCAUCAGCUGCAAAAACUACAGUUUUGAGGGGAGAGGAUUUUCCUUCUUUACAAGCUGCUUUACCUAGUGGUGCAUCUGGGCCAGUGCAGAAACAAAAGGAUGGUUUGCAUAAAAAGCAGAAGCAUGUAGGGGAAUCAUCCAAUGGGCAGACGGGUAGUUCUCGUUUGAGUUCCCCGGUUCACACGCGUCCCCAGGGACAAUCUUCUCAUCAUCAUUCUUUUGGAAAUGGAACAAAUGAGAAUGGUGGUGAAAAUCACGGAUUAGGAAGUUCACAAAUGGCAGAGCAAGCUCGAAAGGACUACUUUCCCAGUCCACUUCCAUUAGUUCGGCUGAAUGCAAGGUCUGAUUGGGCUGAUGAUGAGCGUGAUACAGGUCAUGGGUUUGCAGACCGAGGCAGAGAUCAUGGGUUUUCGAAAACUGAAGCUUAUUGGGAUAGAGAGUUUGACAUGCCCAGGAGCAGUGUUUUACCACACAAACCGGCUCACAAUCAAUUUGAAAGGUGGGGUAAGCGUGAAGAUGAAACUGGGAAGGUUUCUUCAGGUGAAGUCUCUAAAGUGGACCCUUAUAACAGGGAUGUAAGAACACCGAGCAAGGAAGGUAACUCAUGGAGAACUUCCCCUCUGCCAAAAGAUGGAUUUAAUGUGCAAGAAGUUGCAAAUGAUAGAAAUGGUAUUGGUGCAAGGCCAAUGGGUCAUAAUAGAGAAAUGGGAAAGGAGAAUAAGUACGUCCCUCCACAUUUUGGAGACAAUUCUCAUGGUGUUGCAGGAAACCGUGAAUCUUCAUUUGCAAGGAGGGAUAUGGGGCAUGAACAAGAAAGAAGACAUCAGUGGAAUCACAUGGUGGAAUCAUCUAGCAGCCGAGGGACUGAGCAGAAUACAAGAGACCGAUAUGGCAGUGCACAGUCCAAUAGAUACAGGGGUGACGCUCUCCAGGAUAGCUCAGUGUCAAAAUUUUCAUUUUCUUCGGGUGGUAAAGGGAUUCCUAUGAAUGAUCCAAUACUGAACUUUGCCCAUGGAAAGCGUUCAUUUACAAAGAGUGAAAGAACUUAUCUGGAUGAUCCUUUCCUGAAAGACUUUGGCACCACAGGCUUUGAUGAGCGUGACCCCUUUUCUGGAGGUCUUGUUGGGGUAAUUAAGAGGAAAAAGGAUGUGGUAAAACAGGCUGAUUUCCAUGACCCUGUUAGGGAAUCUUUUGAGGCUGAACUUGAGAUGGUGCAGAAAAUGCAAGAGCAGGAGCGGCAGCGAAUCAUUGAAGAACAGGAAAGGGCUUUGGAGCAAGCUCGGAGAGAAGAGGAGGAGAGGCAGCGACUGAUUAGGGAAGAGGAAGAACGGCGGAGAAGACUUGAAGAAGAGGCCCGGGAAGCUGCUUGGAGGGCAGAACAGGAGCGGCUGGAAGCCAUUCGAAGAGCAGAAGAGCAGAGGAUAGCUAGAGAAGAGGAGAAACAGAGGAUUAUUAUGGAGGAAGAGAGGAGAAAACAGGCUGCUAAGCAAAAGCUUUUAGAAUUGGAGGCUAGGAUUGCCAAGAGGCAGGCUGAAGUACCGAAUGGUGAUACUUCUGUGGUUGUGGAUGAGAAACUGUCAGCCUCAGUGACUGAAAAAUAUGUUUCCAGGGCCAUGGAUUUUGAUAACUGGGAAGAUAGCGAGAGAAUGGUGGAGAGGAUAACAACAUCAGGAUCUUCUGAUUUAUCCGGUUUGAACAGACCCUUUGAGUUGGGUCCUAGAUCUCAGCUUUCUAGAGAAGGUUCUUCUAGCUUUCUGAACAGAGGAAAACCUGCUACUAAUUCAUGGAGAAGGGAUGUAUUUGAGGAUGGGAACAGCUCAUCCUUCCUUAUACAAGACCAGGAUAAUGGUCACCAUGGUCCCAGGAGAGAUGCCUCUGUUGGUGGGAGAGCAAUUCCUAGGAAAGAGUUCUAUGGAGAAGCUGGAUAUAUGUCAUCUAGGACUUACUUUAGAGGGGAAUUGCAAGAACCUCGCACGGAAGAUUUCACUUCUCUUAAAGGGCACAGAUGGAGUUCUUCUGGGGAUGGAGACGCUUUCGGCAGAAACACAGAUAUUGACCCUGAAUUUCAUGAGAAUCUUGCUGAAAAAUAUGGUGACGUUGGAUGGGGACAGGGCCGUUCACGUGGAAAUCCUCGUUCUCCUUACCCAGAACGGUUGUAUUCUGAGGCAGAUGAACUUUUUUCCUAUGGGAGGUCACGGUAUUCCAUGAGACCACCUCGUGUCCUGCCCCCUCCAUCCUUAGCGGCUAUGCACAAGACUUCCUUCAGAGGAGAGAAUGAACAUCCUGGUCCCUCAACUUUCCUAGACAAUAAUAUGCACUACAAUCAUGCAUCAAGAAGUGAACCUAACAUCCAGAAAGGGUAUUAUGGUCAGCAGGAAAAGUUUGAAGCAUCAGAAGUAGUUGAUGUCCAGCCGGCGAAUGGCAUGACUCAGGAGCAGAAACUGGAGAAGAAGACCACUCCAAGAUGUGACUCUCAAUCUUCACUCUCUGUUUCUAGCCCCCCUAGUUCUCCAACUCAUCUCUCCCAUGAUGACUUGGAUGAAUCUGGGGAUUCUCCAGUGGUACCUGCUACGGAUGGAACAGAGAUUCCUUUGUCUGGGAAUGAAUCUGUUGUCUUAAAUGCCAACUCUGGAAAAGAUACCGUGGUGACAGCAUCAAGUCCUAUCUCUGCUGCUGAUGAUGAAGAUUGGGCUCUUGAGAACAAUGAAGAGUUGCAGGAGCAAGAAGAAUAUGACGAGGAUGAAGAUGGUUAUGAGGAAGAAGAUGAAGUGCAUGAAGGAGAUGAUGAGCAUCUCGACCUGUCUCAGGAAUUUGAAGAUUUGCAUCUAGAGGAGAAAGGCUCAUCCCAUAUGCUGGACAACUUGGUCUUGGGCUUCGAUGAGGGUGUUGAAGUAGGAAUACCUAGUGAUGAGUUUGAAAGAAGCUCUAGGAAUGAAGAAAGUACAUUUGAGACACCAGAGGUUUCUGUUGGUAUUAUAGAACAGGGACCUGUUGAUGGGAUGCAAGGUGAUGGGCAUCUCUUUCAACCUUUGGAUGGUUCUCCUCGAAUAUGUAUGGAUAGUUCUUCCAUGAGGUUCCAAGAAACUGAAAAGACAAUCCAUGAUUCUGUUGCUCAACCUAUAAAUACUGAUGUUCAUACCUCACCUGCAUCUGAUCUUUUGGAUAGUGUGGAUGGUUCUAGUAGUUCUGGUGUAUAUGCUCAGCAUACAGUCACAUCUUCAGUUCACAUGGCAUCUCAUUCUUCGUCUGUUCAGACUGUCAUGUCUACAGUACCUGCUGUUGGCUCUAGUCAAGCUGAUUUACCUGUUAAACUUCAGUUUGGGCUGUUUUCUGGUCCUUCUCUGAUACCAUCUCCAGUGCCAGCUAUUCAAAUCGGGUCCAUACAGAUGCCUCUCCACCUCCAUCCCCCAGUUGGUCCCUCCCUUACUCAUAUACACCCAUCACAGCCUCCACUCUUCCAGUUUGGUCAGCUCAGGUAUACAUCUCCCAUCGCCCAGGGAAUCUUGCCAAUGGCUCCCCAAUCAGCUUCUUUUGUUCAGCCCCAUUAUAAUUUGAACCAGAGCUCAGGGUUUCCUUUGCCUAUUCAACCUAGUCAAGAUAGUUAUAAUCUGAUUAAAGAUGAUGUGCCAUCUUUUUCAAUGGACCAAGAAAGUAGAGAAAACAAUGAUUUGAUACGGACGAGUCGAGCUGAGAUUUCCCAUGCUGGUGAGAACAAGGUUAUGUCAGGUUCCCACACUCAAGAUGAAGGGCACAACAAUACAGAAGUGAAUUAUUAUAUGCCUGCAUUAAAUGGGACAGCAUCAGGACACUUGCAAACUGGGUCUGCAGCAUCCCAGUCUGUCUUGAGUGAAAAAGAUUAUAGAGGCUCAAAGGCUCAAGGCCCACAAUCUGGUACCAGAGGGAAAAAAUUUGCAUAUUCGUCUAGAAAUUCUGGCAUGAGAUCAUUUUUUCCGGCUCCUGAGGCUUCUCGUUCAGAUUAUAGUGGAUUUCAGAGGAGACCACGGCGGACCGUCCAACGAACAGAGUUUCGAGUUCGGGAAAAUGUUGAUAGAAGGCAAUCAUCUGGCUUAGUUUCUUCUAACAACCCGGGGCUGGAUGAUAAGUCAAAUUUCACUGGGAGGGAUGUGGGGAUUUUUGUAAAAAGUGGGUCUAAGAAAGGGUUGGUGGUUAAUAAACCAUUGAAGCACAUAGUUGAACCUGAAUGUUCGAGUGCAGAUCCAGUAAGUUCUCAGGGGCUGGAUUCUGAAACCAGGCUUGAUAAGAAAAUUGAAAAAGAAGCAUCAACAACGACUCGGAGCAUCACACGCUCUGGAGAAGGAAACCUGAAAAGGAAUAUAUGUUCUGAAGAGGAUGUUGAUGCUCCCUUGCAGAGUGGCAUUGUGCGUGUUUUUAAACAGUCUGGCAUAGAAGCUCCGAGUGAUGAAGAUGACUUUAUUGAGGUGAGAUCAAAGAGGCAAAUGCUGAAUGAUCGCCGUGAACAAAGGGAAAAAGAAAUCAAGGCAAAGUCUCGCGUCACAAAGGGACCUCGGAAACCUUUAUCUACUGCACAAAAUGCCGUGGUGUCAACAAGCUCAAAUAAAAUUUCUGCAUCCUUGGGUGGUGAAGCACCAAAUAAUAUGCGCCCAAAUUUUGUUGUGUCUGAGGGGCGGGCCUUAGUGAACAUGGAAGCAUCCACAGGAUUUGCCACUAUGGUGUCCCAACCAUUGGCUCCAAUUGGCACUCCUGCUGUGAAUUCUGAUGUGCAGGCUGAUAAAAGGCCUCACAAUAUCAAGUCCCUCCAAACAGGCCCUACUUCUGUCUUAGCUAAUGGUGGAAAAACCCUUGGCCCAGGCCUAAUGUUUGAGACCAAGAACAAAAUUCUGGAUAAUGUUCAAACACCUUUGGGCUCUUGGGGUAAUGCACACAUUAAUCAACAGGUUAUGGCCUUAACACAGACCCAACUUGAUGAGGCUAUGAAGCCUGGUAGAUUUGACACACAUGUAACUCCUAUUGGAGAUCAUACUAGCUCAGUGACUGAACCCAUCAUGCCAUCGUCAUCCAUCUUGACAAAGGACAAGUCAUUUUCUUCCACGGCAAGCCCAAUCAACUCCCUAUUAGCUGGGGAGAAAAUUCAAUUCGGUGCAGUUACGUCUCCAACAGUCCUCCCCCCUGGUAACCAUGCUGUUUCACAUGUAAUUGGGGCUCCUGGUUCCUGUCGGUCUGACAUCCAAAUCCCACAUAAUCUUUCUUCGGCUGAGAAUGAUUGUACUCUAUUUUUUGAAAAGGACAAGCACCAGAAUGAAUCACGUGUUCAUUUAGAAGAUUGUGAGGCUGAAGCUGAAGCAGCUGCUUCAGCUGUCGCUGUUGCGGCCAUCAGUAGUGAUGAGAUUGUUGGGAAUGGGCUGGGUACUUGUUCUGUUUCUGUUUCAGAUACCAAAAGCUUCAGUGGUGCAGAUAUUGAAGGAAUUACUGGAGGUGUGGCAGGUGAUCAGCAAUUAGUAACUCAUUCGAGAUCUGAAGAGUCUCUCAGUGUAGCUCUUCCAGCAGAUCUCUCUGUUGAGACUCCGCCAAUCUCAUUGUGGCCUCCUUUACCAAGUCCACAGAAUUCUUCAAGCCAGAUGCUCUCUCAUUUCCCUGGAGGCCCACCUUCCCACUUUCCAUUCUAUGAGAUGAACCCCAUGUUGGGGAGUCCUAUCUUUGCUUUUGGUCCACAUGAUGAAUCUGCUGGCACCCAAUCACAGUCCCAAAAGAGUACUGCAUCUUCUUCAGGGCCUCUUGGUACCUGGCAACAGUGCCAUUCUGGUGUGGAUUCAUUCUAUGGUCCUCCACCAGCAGGAUUCACGGGUCCAUACAUUAGUCCUGCUGGAGGUAUUCCAGGGGUCCAAGGUCCCCCGCACAUGGUGGUAUAUAAUCAUUUUCCAGUUGGACAAUUUGGCCAAGUUGGUUUGAGUUUCAUGGGCACCACUUAUAUCCCCUCUGGAAAGCAACCUGAUUGGAAGCACAAUCCCACAUCAUCUGCAAUGGGUAUUGGUGAGGGGGAUAUGAAUAAUAUGAACAUGGUUUCCUCUCAGCGAAAUUCUCUCAACAUGGCUGCUCCUGUCCAGCAUCUUGCCCCUGGGUCGCCGCUUCUUCCCAUGCCAUCACCUUUGGCCAUGUUUGAUGUGUCUCCAUUCCAGUCUGCCCCCGACAUGUCAGUCCAAGGACGAUGGUCCCAUGUUCCUGCAUCGGCCCUUCACUCUGUUCCUCUGUCGCUGCCAUUGCAGCAACAGGAACCAGGUGUACUGCCUUCACAGUUUAGCCACGGACACCCUGUCGACCAAUCAUUAAGUGCCAACAGGUUCUCUGAAUCUCGAACAUCAACACCAUCUGACAGUAGCCGGAAUUUCGCCAUGGCAACUGAUUCGACUGCUACCCAAUUCCCUGAUGAACUAGGUUUAGUAGACUCAUCAAGCUCAACCGGUGCAGGGGCAUCAACACAGUGUGCUGUCAAGAAGAGCUCUUCUGGAGGCACUAUUGCAGAUGUUGGCAAGACCGAUGCUGUUCAGAAUGUCGGCAGUAACAGUGGUAAUAAUGGCCACGCCUCAAAUGCUUUCAAGACUCAGUCUGGUCAGCCCAAGAAUUUAUCUGCUCAGCAGUACAGUCAUCAUUCUUCAGGAUAUAAUUAUCAGAGAGGCGGGAUUUCUCAAAAGAAUAGUUCCGGGGGUGAAUGGGCCCACCGCAGAAUGGGGUUCCAUGGACGGAAUCAGUCUCUGGGUGCUGAAAAAAGUUAUCCCACUUCAAAAAUGAAGCAAAUUUAUGUGGCGAAACAGACCACGAGUGGGACUUCUUCUACAGUGGGUUGAGCAAAGGAAAAAGUGGCUUUCUCAGAUUGCAGUGAGCGAAAGGAUCAAUCAUAUGAUUUAAAGCAUUUCCAUCCUAAUUGAAUACUUUGGUAGUUUUUGGCCACAUCUUUCGCACUAGUAGAGUUUUAUGAGUGUCUUGUCUAGGUUUGGUUUUUGUUUGACCAAUAUUUGUAGGUGGGCUUUGCUGGUUUAUGAUCAACAUCGUUUUUAGUACUGAUCAGUGGUAGCAGUUUUGAAUGGGUCUUCAAGUGGUAAGUAAAGAAGGGUUUGGUGCAGCAUAUGCUAGAGGAUUGGCUGCUAAUUGGUCAAUGGCAUCUAAAUGGUGUGUGACAGAGGCCUUGCCCAUCGUCUCCUGUUCUUUUGCUUGGCAGCAAAUUUACUUUGCUGGAUGUAUUAAAACUAUGAAGAACCAACAGAUAAUUAUUCGUGUUAGUAAUGAUGAUACGUGGGAACAUGGGCGGAGCUAUGCAUGAACCCAUUUAACUUUAA